UGGAGACACAAUGUAGGAAGUAACUCCUCAGUGUUUUUCUCGUCCUUGUUUUGACAGCCGGGAGUUUGCUAAAACUAAACUGUCAUCUUAGUAUUUUACCAUUUAUUUUGGAACAAUAUUGAGCAGGUUUCGAUCUGAAUUGACCAGCUUUCGCGAACAUUACAUUGCGUAAAAGUGGCAAGGUAACACUGUCGAUGAGUCGAAGUCGGAACCCGCCUGCCCGGGGUCAAGGGGCUGCGCGCGCGAGAUGGGGCUGCUCCUUGACCUGAAUCCUGAUGGAGGUAUGGAUGAUGACGGUAACGAUGAAGAUCUUGAGGCUGAGUUACACAAUUUAAUGGGAGGAGGAGGUCCUCAAAGGAAAAAACGUGAAACUAAGGCUCCUGUUCCAAUAGCUGAUAUUGAGCGAAUGGCAGCUCUUUGCAUGAAAGACCUGGAUGAAGAAGACAUGGAUGAUGAUGAUUUGGAGAACGAUGAAGAUCUGCUGGCAGAAUUAAAUGAUGUUUUGGAGGAUGAGGAGGAAAUCAGACCUGCUCACACCCCACAGGCUCACAGACUGAGCGUUACAUCCCAAUCUUCGCCUCCUGCAAAUUCCAGUGGUCCAGCUGGAUUGGAGUGCCGCGUAUUGGAGCGUAUGGAUAUGUACAAGGCUGCCAUAUCCAGUGCAACUGCUUCAGGAGAAUCAAGCAAAGUUCGAAGAUAUGACCGUGGAUUAAAGACACUUCAGUCCAUGCUUACAUCGGUCCGAAAAGGAAAGCCCAUCAACGAGGACGAGAUGCCACCGCCUGUUGCUGUAGGUGGAAAAGCUAGCACUGCAGCUGAGCCUGAAUCUACGAAAGAGCAAGAAAUGCCAGAACCCGCGAUUAUACCCUACCCUCCAUUCAAUCAAAAACCUUUACGGGAAGCAGCACCAGCUGCUCAUAAUACUAAGCCAGUCCAUUUAGCUCCACCACAGAGCCCGGCUGCUUCCAUCACUCCAGGAACCCCAAUCAUCUCUCCACUGACGCCUUCUCAGCCUGACACACAACACUCAGAGCUUAAACAAGCAGUGUUGUCCCGACAGAGAGAAUACAAGCUCGCAGCCUUACAAGCCAAACAGACUGGUAACAUUGACCUUGCCAAACAGCACUAUAUCACUGCCAAGAGUCUGGACUCACUGGUGGAGGCUGUUGAUAGGAGUGAAGUAGUAGACCUGGGCUUGCUCCCACCGUCCCCUGGAGACAUAAUAGAGGAGACACAACCAUCUUCUUUCUCUAAAGUACAAACCCCUGCUGCUCCGCCACCCAGACAGGAACCGACUGCUGCCCUUCCUGCUCCCAGCAAUGUGGCAGAGGCCUUACAGCAGAGGAUGGACAUAUACAAAUCAGCAGCAGAUGGAGCGAAAAACAAAGGAGAUGACCGUAAAGCUCGCAUGCAUCAGCGGAUUGUAAAGCAAUACCAGGAUUCCAUUAAAGCACAUAAAGCUGGUAGACCUGUCAACUUAUCCGACCUACCUGUACCACCAGGUUGCCCGCCAUUACAGGGUUCGGAAAACGAUCAACAAAAUUUUAUGGGUGUCCUGGAAACUGCUAUGAAAAUAGCAAAUCAGGAUCCAGAUGCAGAAGAUGAAGACAGUCCAAAAGAGACUGCCAAGCCUUCGAUGCGUCAUCCAGCGCAGAAAGCCAGAUCUCCUGUGCCUCAAGGCCCUAGUGGUUCCACAACACCAAAACUGGGCGCCAAAGCUCAACAGCAAGUGGAUUUCCUGUUGUUACGGCGACAGGCUUUUUUGCGCGCAGCACUGCACUCAAAGAAAACGAAGGAUAUGACAGCAGCAACGCAGCACCUCAGACAUGCCAAAGGACUCGACCCCAUGAUUGAAGCUGCCAAGUCUGGCCUUCCUGUCGAUAUCACCAAGAUACCCAUAAGUCCGGUCAGUGAGGACGACUACUUGCUGGCUCGUUCCCGUACGUCUCCUCUUUCUCCUCGUACCAGUGAGAAAUAUCAUGGCCUUAUGGAUCUUUUGCGGAAACAGCAUGAGAAAUGUGUGAGCCACUCACAGCAGUUCAUAGUUAUGGGCAAUACUGGUGAAGCUCUCAAGUGUGAAAAGCUUGUCGAGGAGUCAUUCAAAAACAUUGAGUUGCUGAAGAAUGCCCAUGCCAAAGGCCAGCCCGUGCCCAAGUGUCACACAGAGGAGAAGACCUUCACUGUUGUCAAGAACUACCCCAAUCUUGCUCCAAAUGACAUGAUACUGUACAUCAUCAGAGGCAUUAACCUACCAGUUCCCUCAGGUUUGUCACCUAACGAUCUGGAUGCUAGUGUGAAGUUUGAGUUUCCUUUUCCCAGUGUGGAGGAGGCACAGAGGGACAAAACCAGCACAGUAAAAAGCACUAGCAGUCCAGAGUUUAAAGAGCAGUUCAAACUCAACAUCAAUAGAACACACCGGGGAUUCAAACGAGUCAUCCAGUCCAAAGGCUUGAAAUUUGAAAUCAUCCACAAGGGAGGCCUCUUUAAGACCGACAAGGUUGUGGGAACAGCUCAGCUGAAGCUUGAUGGUUUGGAAAACCAAUGUGACAUUCGAGAGAUUAUUGAGGUGAUGGAUGGGCGUAAAGCCACAGGUGGCAAAUUAGAGGUGAGGGUGAAGAUUAGAGAGCCCAUAUCUGGGGUUGAACUCCAUUCUACGACCGAGAAGUGGCUAACCCUUGAACCAGUAUCUGCUCUCUCACCUCCAGAGAAACAAAAACAACGGGCUCCAUCUCCUCGGUCUAAACACAGGCAUGAAGGGAACAACAGGGGCAGUCAUUCUAGCAGCUCUCCUCCUGAGUACAAGUUGCACAGCUUCAGCCUCCUCAACUACAACAAGGAUCAGUUGGAGAGAAAGAUUGGAGAGUACCAAAAGAACCGGCGGGAUCCCCCUUCUGAUCUCAUUUAUCAGUACAAAGAAGUCAAACACAGGCUGCAGUGGCAAAAAGCGCAGCUGGAGCGUGCGUCUCCUGCUCUGCUAUCAGAUUAUGAAAAUGUGCUUCGGCGCUUCACCCAAGGACUCAACGACUCUGUGAAGAAAUUUUCAAGUCAAGGCAAUAGGGAUGCUGCCAAGGAUGCUCUGGGCAGGUUGAAGUUGGUAGAGGCAGAGCUGGAAUCCCUAAAAAGGAAACGCACUGGAUAAAAGGAGGCUUGUUCGACUAGGAAUCGUCUGGAAUACUGUUAUUUUUUCUUAUUUCCCUUCCUCUUUUUAAUUGCACACAGAUAUAAACACUCCAGCAGUCAGCUCUAACUUUGACAUAGUCCUGUGCUUUACGUCCUUGACAAAUGCAUUGAGCCACUCGUGCUUUGUCAACUUAUAUUUUGUUGUAAAAACAGAGAGAAAAAAAAAAAAACAUAUUAAAGGGAUACCUAAAUAAAAACUGAGAACAUACUAUUUUUAUAUGGAAGGAGACAAUAGUUUUUUUUUCCCUUAAAUUGGAAUUAAACCCAAAAUGUUGCUUUGCAAGUACACUUCGUCCAUACAAUGUAUCAAUACCUGACAUUGUAUUUUCAUAUUGAGUUAGUAGAAUAAGAUUUAAAAAGAGUAAUUCACCGAACUCAGGAGACCACCGUGUUUGGCAAUAUUAGCCUCUGCUGGCAACCAACAGUAACGUCACAACUGCCCUGGCUAGCAUUGCAAACGUCUCCAAACUUAUAAAAUAGGUUAGCAAACUCUCUGUGCAGGGUGCGGGUUGAUGACAUGAUAGUAAGAACUAUCAUGUCAUCAACAUGAAGCAUACACAGGAAGUCUGCAAGAUUAUUUUCAAAGUUCGGUCACGUGACUCCUGCAACAUUCCUGAGGGUAGUUGUGAUGUUUAUAAUCGAUGGCCAGCAUGACUGUUCCCUGAGAUCAAUUCAAAUUAAUAAAUGAUUCUAUUUUAGUUCUUAUUUUACGAACGCUAUAUUUACCGGAAUAGAGAAUUUUCAUAUUGAUGGGCGAUACAACGUAUUCUUAAAAUAAAAGGGUUUAAUUCCACUUUAAACACUAAAGAAAACCUUCUCGAACAAUUCUCAAGUUUGUCUAUUUUCAAACACACAUACACCAAAAUGUGUAUGUGCUAGACGAAGCGUUUUAACCCCAUUCCUCCUUAUUUUUUGGGCGUAAGGAUUUUAAUCUAAUCUGUCUGCUCCAAUGUUCCCAGAUUAUUGUAAUCUGCUACAUUUGCAGUGGUGUGAUAUGAGAGAAAAAAAUGGGGCUUUGGGGCACCACAGCCUACAUCCCAUAAUGAGGGAUUAGUGUUUGUGUCACCAAGGAGACAACUAGAUCAGACGUAAAGUCGCCUUUGGGUUUGCAGAAAGGAGGAGUGUUAACAGUGUGCCAUGAAUGUAGUGGUUUAGCUCUGCCUUCUUCAUCAGCCACUUGUUCCUUGUCGCUCCCUUCACCUUCUCUGUCUUCACACUAAUUCCUUCACAUACACUCAGAAAUUACAUAGUUACAUGCGGCUCGUUUUUUUCCCCCCUCCAACUCAAACAUAAAUCCUUAGUGUUGUCCAUUAGAAAAUAAUUGACAUCUGAUACUUUACUCUGGUUUCAUUCAUACAAAUCUCAGACACAACGUUUUUAGUUAUUUGUUUGUUUAUGCCUGCCUCCCAAAUAAUCCUGAAUACAGUUGCUUCGCAGUUUCGCAUUUGAUUUUUUUGGGGAGUAAUUCUUUCCUUAAUUUCAGAUAUAAUUGAUUGUAUGUUACAAUUCUUUAAAUAUUCUGUUGAAUUUUUAUUUUUCUAUAUGAACAAGUCAAAAACAAUUAAUAUGGAUAAUUCUAUUAUUCUGAACUUUACUGGAAUGACUAAUGUUGAUAUGUUAUUUCGCAUGAAAUGUAAAAAAACAAACGAAAAAAAGGAAAAUGCCACUUCAUGUUUUGAACUCAUUGCUCAUUACAUUGCAUAGGUUGGUAUGGCCCUCGCCAACAACAAAAUUUUUUGUCAAUAUAAAAAUAAUUUAUAAACUAAUGAAAUCACCAAUCGUUUGAAAAUGUCAGUAUAUUUGGUAAAACCAUGCAAUUCAACUAACAUUUAUUGUUUUGUUUUUUUUGUUUGUUUUGCUACCUUUAUAUAUUGUCUGAUCUCACACCUGGUAACGCUACAUCACCUCGAAACACAUAAACACAACCUGACACAUUACCCACUCUUUGAUGAAGAAUCUGUCUUGUUGUCAUAGUGACAAGCUCAUUAGCAUUCAGUGUGGAUUUUGAAUGGUUCGAGUUGGGCAUAAGGACAUAUUGCAAAAGUUUGCUCGUCUGGUAACUGACUUUCUCAAAUGCAGCCAAACACUACAUGGUUAUUUUUGGUGUCUUUUUUUCUACUGUAUCACUUUUUCUAUUUUGUCUCUGUAAUGUUGCUACACUACAGUGAAAGAAUGAUUUCACAGGGCAAAAGAUUUGUGGGUUAUUGUUUGCUAUUUCAACGUUAUUUUUACCUGAUCUGCAGCAGUAUAAGUAUCCCUCUUGACUUGCACUUGUUACACCAAUCAAUUUUUAAUUCUGUUCCUUCAUCUAAGGGCAAUCGGAAUAACUCACUAUUUAUAUUCAGAACAACAGCAUUUGAUGCUCUGUCUCUACUUUAAAGCAUGUGUCAUGAUGAUAUGUGCAGAGCAACUGAUGAUCAAGGCAUAGCGACUUUGGUGUUAUUACUGUAUAUAUAAACUUUAUUUCAUUUGGAAUAAAUGGUGAACUGUAUGUGUUUGUGUCACUGCACUUUGAAACACUGGUUAAUCUCAUCAUUUCUUAGUGUUAUGUUCUGUUAAAAAUACACCCCCCAUUUAAUAUGACCUGAAUCAGAUUUCACAAACUGUUAUUAAUAUACAGUGGUAUAGAAAAGUAUGUGAACCUUUUGGAAUUUUUCACAUUUCAGAACACAAAAUCACCAUCAAAUGUGAUCUGAUCUUUGCAAAAUCAUACCGAUGAAAAAACAGUGUCUGCGUUAACCUAUAAAUGUUUAGGUGGUUUUAGUUUACAUAUUUUAAUGAGGAUAGUAUGCAGUCUAUGACAGAAGGGGAAAAAAUAAGUGGACCCUCACAUUUAAUAUUUUGUAAAUCAUUACACCCCCCCCCCCCACACACACACACACUGUGACCUAUAUAACCUGUACAACUCAAGUGAUUUUUUUUUUGUCUUUUCAAAAAAAUGAGUAAACAUUAAGAUCAACCUUGGUUUUUCAAUCUUUAGCAGAUAAAAGAUCCUUGAAAUCUCCCAAACAUCUGUGGAAAACUAUUAUUGUCCUAUGAAACAGAGAUUUAAUAUUUUACCUAUAAUUUCAAAAGUAAUGCUUGCUACACAUGCAUCCCCCCUCAUUCGCAAAAGAACAUCAUACCUCACAUCUCACUUUGUAAGAACUAAUUGGUGUUGCGAGGUUGCUUAAGGUCGCUGCUACCCCCCUUGGUGCCCGAAGCUGAAAAUUCAGAGGCUCCCCCAUAUCCUACUCUGAUAUUACAUUGCAAAACAACAACAAAAAAAACAUUAUUACUGUAUACUAUUUUUACUGUUUGAUCAUGAAUAAUCACUGAUGCAAAAAUU